CCAAAACGAAUUGCAGUGUGGACUGUCGUGAGUGGGUAGAAGGAAGGUACAGUAAAUAACCUCUCUGCAGUCUCUACAGAUAGACGCAUAUUUUAAUUACGUACAUUUCUAGAUUCAAGAAAAUAUAAAAAAUGGACAACUCUGGAAAAGAGAAGGAAGCUAUCCAACUUAUGGCAGAAGCAGAGAAGAGAGUGAAAUCCUCGCAUUCAUUUUUGGGAGGUUUGUUUGGGGGAAACUCUAAAGUGGAAGAAGCAUGUGAGAUGUACGCAAGGGCAGCAAAUAUGUUUAAGAUGGCCAAGAAUUGGAAUGCUGCAGGAAGUGCCUUCUGCCAGGCAGCCAAGCUCCACAUGCAGCUUCAGAGCAAACAUGAUUCUGCCACCAGCUUCGUAGACGCGGGGAAUGCUUACAAGAAGGCAGAUCCACAGGAGGCUAUCAACUGCUUAAAUGCAGCCAUCGACAUAUACACAGAUAUGGGAAGGUUCACCAUUGCUGCUAAACACCACAUCACAAUUGCUGAAAUUUAUGAAUCUGAAUUGGUUGAUAUCGAAAAGGCAAUUGCACACUAUGAGCAGGCAGCAGAUUAUUACAAAGGGGAAGAAUCUAACAGUUCGGCAAACAAGUGUCUGCUGAAGGUGGCUUCAUAUGGUGCACAGCUGGAGCAAUACCAGAAGGCUAUUGAAAUCUAUGAGCAGGUUGGGACUAACACUAUGGAUAACCCCUUACUGAAAUACAGUGCAAAAGAGUAUUUCUUUAAGGCUGCACUGUGUCAUUUUAUUGUCGAUGAGCUAAAUGCCAAGCUUGCUGUUGAGAAGUAUGAAGAAAUGUUUCCUGCAUUUGCUGAUUCAAGAGAAUGCAAGCUAGUGAAGAAACUGCUUGAGGCACAUGAAGAGCAGAACAGUGAAGCCUUUACAGAGGCGGUCAAAGAAUUUGAUUCUGUAUCUCGUUUGGACCAGUGGCUAACUACCAUGCUGCUUCGUCUUAAAAAGACCAUCCAGGGCGAUGCAGGGGACCUCAAAUGAGAAACUGGAGCAUAUUGUGGCAUGCCGCCUAAUUUUAUGUUUUGUUUUGUGCAAUGUCCGAUGACCAUUAUUGGGUACAUUAUGUGUUCAGUGCUAAUAGCUGCAUUUUUAUUUCCUUUAAACCAAAAUACUUGAGUAUUUUUGAAUCAAGCUGUAAUCUGAGUUGCCCCUGUUUACCCCUUUGUUUUCCUGAGUAGAAUAAGGAGUGGGAUCAGUUGAAGGUUGUCUUCCCCUUAAGUGCUUCUAAAUACAAAUCAUUACAUUUCAUGAAAAUGUAGCUACAGAAUAUGUAGCCUUGAACAGUUUCUACAACUGGCAACCAAGAAAAAAGCCAUUCCAGAGACAAACGUUCCAACUAGUUAAAAUUUCCACUUUCUCAUAUAAUUACGUGUGUAGUACUAGUGCAAGUACUUGCGUGAUGUACAGUUGUAAUUAUUUGAUAAUUUACAGUGAGGAUUAAUCCAUAUGUUUUUUAUAUUAAUAAAUAUAGAUUUAAAAUAAUACACAUCAGUUUCUUCCUUUUGUUGAAUUAUGCUGUGUAGAUAAGAAUGGUUCAUUUGUACCUUGUUCAUGUUACGAAUAUUUAUUAUGACCUAUUUGCAGUUUUGAUGGACUGUACAAGCCUGGUUAGUUUUACAGUUUUGUGGUAUGGUAAGCAUGGCUUUUCCCUGUUUUUUUAUUUUAAAUUGGGGGGGGUGGGGAUUGUCAGUUCAAUUUGGUUUAGUAAACAUUUUAUGUUUUCAAUGCUAAUAUCAAACAUUACAGAUGCUGAUUUCGCUUGCUGUGUGUUUCCAUCAAAAGCAAUCCUGCUUUGGUGCUAAAAUGUGCUUCAUUCGUCUAGUUAUUCUAGGAUGGAAGUAGAGGGCACAAUUGUACAGACCAUAGUGAUUUGAGUGGAUGAUGCUAGCGUGGCACAAAAUAUUUAACAUUAGUUUUGUUUCAUUGUAAAAACAUUUAAGCAAAAAAGAUAAUAUAAAAUAACUUUUAUGAAAGAACAAAGUUUUAAAAAACACAAAAAAUGACAUCUAUUGCUCAUCUGGUAGAAUAGCAGCCGCAUGGCUCGCAGGGAGAGACAUACAGCGCAAGUUCAUGUCCUGGCUGUGCGAAGUAGGCCAGUCUUUGCUGGGGACUCCAAAGGGAGCGUCGCAGUAGCCCAGGCGCUCCAGUGGCUUAGGGAGGUAAAACUGGCAGGGACUGUUUCUCCUCAUCGCUCUACAGCAGACCAUGCUGGCCAGGAGCCCAGUGUACUCUGGACGGACACCUGCAGGGCUGGCCUUUGUCCUCCAGAGGUCGGUAGCUCGCUGACAUCCGCUCUCGAGUUCCUGGGUGAAAAAGGAAGCUGGUCGUGGAAUCGGAGGACGCCCACUGAAUCUUCGGGUCUCCUCAACCAUGUGAGGAAUUGCUGUGGCAAGGAGAAAAGCGAUUGGGCAUUCCAAAUUGGGAGAAAAUUGAGGGGAUGGGGGGAUUAUAAUUGGACACACCUAAAUAAAAUUUUAAAAAAGCCAUCUAGACAUCACUAGACCACUUUAAAAUAAAUAAAUAAUGUUUUUGCUCAACUUGGAUUCAGCAGGAAAGUAAUACUAAUCUGUGUGUGUUGUUGUGAUUUAGUUUUAAAUAUAUAAAGCUUCACUUUUUUAAAUGCUAUUGCAUUGAGAAGCACAACAGCUCAGUAAUUGUUCCUAACACAGGAAUGGUAGAUGGUAAAUCCAAAAUUUAAAGUUAUGCUUGGGAUGGUUCCAGUCCCAUUUGAUUUGUAACAUUCAUUUUCUUUUUUAAAGUGAUCUUUUGCAAACAAAUGUACUGUACAACAGAGACGGUUGUUGAUGUCAGAAUAUGCAUUUCAAAGGAUGCCCUAAAUCUUACAGCAACACUAGUGUAGUGCUGUGAUAUACAGUUUUAAAUGUCUCUGCUCCUCAAACGAUUCACUUUCUGUUCAUAGAAACCUGUUUUAAUCUGUCUUGUCACCUUAUAUAUUUUGUUUUAUUAAGACUAAAAAAGUAAGCGAAUGCACAAUCUGGCAUGAUGGUCAUUUAGACUUGUUGCGGUUUAUUCCUUGAUUUGUAGAUGUUCCUUUUAAUAACUAUGGUUACACUUCCUGUUUUUUUUUUUCGUGUUUUUUGCACAGUUGUGAAAGCAUGCAUUCAAAUCCUUUUGGUGUCAUUGGUUCAAUGAAAAUAACCUCAAAAUGUAUAACAUGUUUAUUGCGUAAAUGUAUUGUGAAUUUGUGGACCUGUUACAAAAUACAAUCUAUAGCAUGUUACAUCAUUGAACGUAAUGCAAAGUGUUGUGAACCGCAUUGAAACUGUUUCAAACAAAAGAACACCACGUAAUAAUUUAUUGUUCCUUGCAGUCAAACAAUUGCAGCACGUCAUGAAGUCUCUUCUAAAUGUAAUGAAAUGAUUAGUCUUUCUCCACCAGCUCUAGCAAUGUGUCAAUGUAUGUAAAACUGUACAGUAAUAAAAUAGAUCUAAGAAUAA